UAAUGGAUAAUCCUCGAAGCGAAGCUGCGGAAGAGAAAACUACAAUCCUUAGAGAGUGCUCAGAGCAAGAAGAAGAAGAAGCAAAAUCGAUUCUUUGUUUGGAAAUUCAAUUCAAUGGCGGUUUCUUCUGUAACUUCAUUCAUACUACCACCCUCUUUCUCCAAUCCCACCUCUUCCUCUUCUACCAGACAGAAACUCUCUCUGCUCUCCUUGCUUCCUACUCAUGGCGUCACUGGCUCAUCCCUCAUUAACAAGCCCUCAGUCUCGUUCACGAAGAGGAUCUUCGCAGCUCCCGAAACCCUGUCUCCUGAAACUCUCGAUGAACCCGUCUCUGAGGUUCCGAGCUCUUCCUCGAUCAGUGUAGACGCGGAUAAGCAGAUGGCGCCAAAGCAGAAGAUUAGGAUCAAGCUUAGAUCAUACUGGGUGCCUCUGAUUGAGGACUCAUGCAAGCAGAUACUUGACGCUGCGAGGAACACCAAUGCCAAGACGAUGGGUCCUGUCCCUUUGCCGACCAAGAAGCGUAUCUACUGUGUUCUCAAGUCUCCUCACGUUCACAAGGAUGCAAGGUUCCAUUUUGAGAUCAGGACGCACCAGCGGAUGAUUGAUAUUCUCUACCCCACUGCUCAAACCAUCGAUUCCUUGAUGCAGCUUGAUCUUCCUGCUGGUGUUGAUGUCGAGGUCAAGCUCUGAAGAUCAACCGUAAGGACAAUGGUGAUGGACACUUGCAAUGCAUGAGCAGACUGUUUCAGAUCAACGACAUAGCUUAGAACUGGUCAGCUCUGUAUCAUCUCUUUGAGAGCCUCUGUAAUGAGUAUUCUCUGUUAUUUAUCCUUGUUCUUAGUUGAUGAACAAAUCCACAACUGAGCAAGUUCAGAGAAAUAUUUUGUGUUGUGUGUGUUUACUAAUUGUUUUUGUUUGUCACUUUUAUUAUAUUAUAAGUGCAGUAUUUUUUUCUUUUGUA